GAAGAUAUUGCAAAUGAAUCUGAAAAUUUCGUAAUUUGUGGCGAAGAAAGACAGGCAAUUUUAUUGAUGGGUCUCCCUCGAAGUGGAAAAAGCUCCAUAAUCGGAGUUGUUUUUAUGGGGAAAAGCCCGACAGAAACUCUGUUUUUGGAAACAACAAAUCAAAUUACUAAGCAAGAUGUUUCUCAAUGUUCAUUUGUGAAAUACGAAGUUUGGGACUUACCAGGCCAUCUGGACGCCGUAUUCCAGUCUCCCUAUCUUUUUAGCCAAGCAUGUGCAAUUGUUUUUGUUAUUGAUGCACAGCUUGAUUAUAUGCAGGCAUUGCAGAGACUGAGUGCAUUUAUUGAUAGUGCCUAUCGUUCAAAUCCCAACAUAAAAAUUGAAGUAUUUAUACAUAAGGUUGAUUGUCUUACGGAUGAUAGGAAAAUUGAGGUGCAAAGAGACAUAACUCAACGCGUUGGGAGCGUCAUAGAUGAUCUCUUUUAUGAUUGUCAAUCUGCGGGCCUACACAAUGGAGCUAUUAAUCCCAUCAACAUAGGGUAA